AUGUGGCGGCUGUCGAUAGUGAUCGGUAUGAUUGCGAUCGUGAGAGCUGGACCGUACGAUAGGAUGGCGGUUUCGAUGAACGACAGGACGCUGUUCAUCAGGAGCCUGCCUGGUUAUCCUGGGACCAGGAGUGAUCUCUACGAGGUCUACAUGGAGCCGUACUAUUUCCCAAUUGGUUUGAAGGCCGUGACGGAGCUGAAAGCCCUCGGUGAGGAUGGCUUGCCGAUGAACGGACCCCGAGGGGUGCUAACGCUGGAGCAGCAUCCCGAAGGGGUCAGGGUUACGGGCACAAUCGAAGGUUUAAGCCCGGGCUUUCACGGAUUCCACGUACACGAAAAGGGGGAUUUGAGGAAAGGUUGCAAUUCGGCUGGCCCGCAUUUCAAUCCGUACAUGGUGAAUCACGGAGCGCCGAGCGAUCCGUUACGUCACGUUGGCGAUCUCGGCAAUAUUGAGGUCGGGCAAGACGGAGUGGCGCAUAUCGACGGCAUGGAUCAUUACUUGAGCCUGGUGGGUGUUCGAGGUGCGAUCGGCAGAGCCCUGGUUGUCCACGCAAAACCCGACGAUUUCGGUCGCGGCGGAACCGAUGAGAGUCUGAAGACCGGAUCGGCGGGCUCCCGCGUCGCCUGCGGUGUCAUUGGGUUUUUGUAAAUAGCGAAUUCGGCUGUUAGAUGCAUUAAAAAUUGUCGCACUCAAAUUUACAUAAAAGCAUAAUAUGCAAAAUAAAAAGUGAAUUUGAUAAAAUUCUUGAAAAUUAAUUACUUGUUAUCUAUUUAAUUCGUUGUAUUUUUCAAAUUAAUUAUUUUGAUAACAAUAUCUCAAAAAUUUGAAAUCUGUCAUCAAUUAAAAACUAUUCAUGUAGAAAUUUAUGUAAUUAAAUUUGUAUAUAAUUGCCUGUAGGCUCAACCAGUGCGCACUAGUGCAUCCAAUUAAAUUCGCUGAAAGAGAUAUUGCAUGCCGCAACUUCAAUACUAAUUUAAUUGCGCCCAUUUGUACCAAACAACAAAUCAUAAAUGUAAUCGAGCAUCUGUCGAACAUGACAUUUUAUAUGUAAACUUAAAAAAAAUGUAUUUUAAAAAAUAGAUCACUUCUAUUACAAAAAACUA